CUACACCAAACAUGAGUCUUUCUUCUCCUCACAGGCGAUUGAAGAGGGUGAAGGGAUGACAAGCUCGGCAGCAUCAUCAUCAAUGGAGUCUCUCAUCCUGAAGCUCCAUGAAAUUUCUGCCGUCAAGUUCGGCACCUUCAAGCUCAAGUCUGGCAUCACCUCCCCAAUAUACAUUGACCUCCGCCUCAUCGUCUCCUACCCCACUCUCCUCCGUGAGAUCUCCCAAACCCUUGUCUCCACCAUCCCUUCCACCACCCACUAUGAUGUCAUUUGCGGCGUUCCCUACACCGCCCUCCCCAUCGCCACCACUGUCUCUGUGACCACCGCCGUCCCUAUGGUCAUGCGCCGCAAGGAGAUCAAAGACUACGGAACCUCCAAGGCCAUCGAGGGCUCCUUUAACCCUGACCAGACCUGCCUCAUCAUUGAAGACCUCGUCACCAGCGGCACCUCCGUCCUUGAAACCGCUGCCCCGCUGCGUGCCGCGGGGCUGAAGGUGGCUGACGCUGUGGUUCUUAUCGAUCGGGAGCAGGGCGGGAGGGAGAAUCUGGCUGAGAAUGGGAUAACGUUGCAUUCCUUGAUGAAUCUCAGGGAGGUGGUUGGGGUGUUAAGGGAGAAGGGAAAGGUUUCAGAGGAAACGGAGGCGACGGUGCUGAGAUUCUUGGAGGAGAAUUCGAAGGUUUCGGUGCCGGAGAAGGCUAAGGUUGCGGCUAGGGUUUCGUCGUAUGGGGAGAGGGCAAAGCUGGCGAAGAAUCCAACGGGGAAGAGGCUGUUUGAGGUGAUGGUGGAGAAGCAAAGUAAUCUGUGUUUGGCUGCAGAUGUUGGCACUGCUGCUGAGUUGCUCGACAUUGCUGAGAAGGUUGGGCCAGAGAUCUGCUUAUUGAAAACCCAUGUAGACAUAUUCCCUGAUUUCACCCCAGAUUUUGGUUCCAAACUUCGAUCGAUUGCAGAGAAACAUAACUUCUUAAUCUUUGAAGAUCGUAAGUUUGCUGACAUUGGUAACACAGUGACCAUGCAGUAUGAAGGAGGUAUCUUUCGGAUAUUGGACUGGGCAGAUAUAGUUAAUGCUCACAUAAUCUCUGGUCCUGGAAUUGUGGAUGGUCUGAAACUGAAGGGUUUGCCUCGUGGUAGGGGCCUGUUGCUUCUUGCAGAAAUGAGUUCUUCUGGUAACCUUGCCAAGGGAGACUACACAGCUGCAGCAGCAAAAAUUGCUGAGGAUCAUUCAGAUUUUGUGAUUGGUUUCAUUUCAGUUAAUCCAGCAUCAUGGCAAGGGGGGCCAGGAAAUCCAGCAUUCAUCCAUGCAACCCCUGGAGUUCAAAUGGUGACUGGUGGUGAUGCAUUGGGACAACAAUAUAAUACUCCAUAUUCUGUAAUCCAUGAUAGAGGUAGUGACAUCAUAAUUGUUGGGCGUGGAAUUAUAAAGGCAAAAAACCCUGCAGAGGUAGCUCAUGAGUAUCGUCUUCAAGGUUGGGAUGCUUACAUGGCUAAAUGCAAAACUGACUCCAUUUAAGUUUGCUCCCUUGUUUAUUUAUGCCCACAUUAAUUUGAAGGGCAAGGAUGACUGAAGUUUUGUGAUUUUAGUUUUUGUUGCAUUGCACAUGUGGGGUCAUGUAAACCCACAGAACCAAUCUCUCUUUUUGUUGCAAUGUUAAUUUGGUUGAGCUCUGUUCAGCUAAAUUUUGAUAGGUGUUGAUGCCACAUGUAUGUAUGAAUUUCUGGUUGGCCCAGCAAUGGUUCCAGGUUGUUACUUGUAUAAUGUGGCAGAUUAAGCUUAUAACUCUUGAGCGUCCUGCUUUGAAAAUAUUAAAAUUUCAGAGCCCUUUUCAGGGUUUAUUAUUGUU